AUGUCUGGUGAAACAACCGAUGAGCGACAUGUCAAUUGGCAGAGCGUUGCCCUCGGAUGGGGUGAGCUUUGGUGUGAAAAUUACAUGUUUUUAGCUGUCCAGGUGGGAAAACGUGCCGGCCAGCAGAGCACGCCGCCGGCAUUCAAAUCUAGCGACUACGUAUGGUCCGGGGCGGCCAAGUCACCCACUCACUCACUCACGCACCCCGGAUCCAGAUCCAGAUCCAGGUCCACCAACAAGCGCUUACGGCGAAGCGUACUUGUACCCGUACUGCUCCUUCGCCUUGUCGACAAUCUCUUUGAGCGCCCUCGUCUUCUCGGCGGCCUCCCCCUCCUGCGGCUUGAGGGACGAGACGGACGGCGGGUUGGGGACGGUGAAGCCCCGCUGCACGGCCGGGCGCUCCCAGCAGCGCGCCAGCCACGACUUGACCGAGGGGAACUGGUCGAUGGAGAUGGUGGUGAAGUUGAGGCCGUUGACCCAGCCGAGCAGCGCAAUGUCGGCGAUGCUGUACUUGCCCUUGCCGGGGCCCACGAUGUAGUCGCGGUCCUGGAGGCGCGCGUCGAGGAUCCCGUACAGCCGCUCCGUCUCGCCGACAUAUCUCUGGAUGGGAUACGGGAUUUUCUCCUUGGAAAAGCGGACGAAGUGGUUCCCGAUCCACGACUCGGCACGGGUGUAGUUGUCGUCGUCGACGGCAAAGCUGAAGCGGCGCUCCGUGUCAUACCGGCGCGCCAGGUAUCCGAGGAUGGCGUUGCCCUCGAACACGGCGAGGCCGCCGUUGUCGUGGUCCACAAUGGCGGGGAUGCGGCCGUUGGGGUUCACGGCCGUGAACCACGGCUCCUUCUGCACGUUCUGGCCAAUGUUGAUGCCCUGCGCCGUGUACUGCAGGCCGUACGCCUCCUUGAGCUCCUCGAGCAGGAUGCUGGCCUUGUAGCCGUUUGGCGUGCCUGUCAAGAGCUCGAUGCCCUUGGAGGCGAUGAGGCCGGUAGGACGCGACAUGGCGGCGACGGCGUCUUCCUGUUCGGUCGUCGGGGCGGAGCGGCAGGGACUUUGGUUUGCGUGACGUAUGUGUAUGCGAUGAAUUAG